CUAUACAUGCACUCCUGUUCCUCCUAUCCUAACAAUUAGUGAUCCCAGGACUCUCCGCUUUCAAGUAGUGAUCCCCCGGCCUUACAGUAUUCUCUAUCCGUUCAGCCGAGGACAUCGAAUAAAUUACCGGCUAGACAGUCUGAUGCACCGCGAUUGAGCAGUAUUCGACAUAUCAGGGAGUGUUCAGUCGGUCUUAUGUCCGCCAUAGCCUGACUCGGAAAGGUUACACCACACCACGUAAUCCGACUGUCUGUUCCUAGGGAAAAUGACGGGUGCUUGCCCCGUCGAAAGGCGGCUCGUAGCUCGCUCUUCCCUCCUUCCAAUGUCGCUUAGGUCAGGUAGAACCUAGUUCGUCGUUAAGACAGACCUAGUUCGUCGUGAGGACGGCGAGCCAGCUAAUUGACGCGUUACUUAGGCUAGUAUCCCAGGCAAUACCAUAACAGUGGUGUCCGUAUUUAUUACCUGCCAACUUUGACCGCUGCAGCCGGUGCAGCCUCUAUAGCCGGUACGGCCGCUACAGACGCUACAGACGCUACAGACGCUACAGACGCUACACCUGUUACAGACGCUGCAGGCGCCACGCCACAGACGUUACAGUAGGGAGGGAUUGCUAGGCUAGUGCUUCGAAAAGCAUCAGCAUGGGUUCGUGCUUUUCAAAACAGAAAUCGAGUAAGCAGCGGCCGCCUGACGCCCCUAAUGGACCCCCGGCUAAUGCCGACUCAACUCAGACGGCUCCAGCGGCCGUGCUCGCGAAACCGGCCGGUACAGAUGAACCUAAAGCUACCGGACCGUCAAGUACGGGCGAAGGUGCAAGCGAGGGUGCAUCUGGGUUAGGCGGAACAGCAGCGGGAGACGCGGGAGGAGCAGGAGGAGCAGGAGCAGCAGCAGGGGCAGCGACAGCAGCAGGAUCAGAUACGAGUGCGAACAGACCAGCAGCAGCAGCAGCAGCGGGGAAAGUCGGGGAUAGUAACGCAGGUGAUUCUAACGCAGUGGACGGAGCCGCGUUGCAGUUCGCCAAGUACGACAAGAACGACACGAGCAUCCCGUUAGGGUUGCGGACGGAUUUCGGCUAUAAACGGGACUUCGAGGCGCACUAUAAGCUGGGCAAGGAGCUCGGGCACGGGCAGUUCGGCACCACGUACGAGUCGAUUCAACUGGCCACGGGCGAACGCGUGGCUGCGAAAGCAAUUGAAAAGAAGCAGAUGAAGCUGCCCAUAGCGGUGGAGGACGUGCGGCGCGAGGUGGCGAUAAUGAAGCUGCUGUCGGGCCAUCCGAACGUCGUGCAGUUCAUCGACGUGUUCGAGGACACGGACUUUGUCUUCAUCUGCAUGGAAAUAUGCGAGGGAGGCGAGCUCCUCGACCGGAUACUCAGCAAGCGCGAGAACCGGUACUCUGAGAAGGACGCAGCGGGAGUGGUGCGGCAGAUGCUGAGUGUGGUGGCCAAGUGCCACCUGCAUGGGGUGGUGCACCGCGACUUAAAGCCAGAGAACUUUCUUUUCAAGUCCAAGGCAGAAGAUUCGCUUCUUAAAGCCACCGACUUUGGUCUCUCGGACUUCAGAAAACCAGGCAAGCAUUUCACGGACGUUGUUGGAAGCGCGUACUACGUGGCUCCAGAGGUGCUCAAGAGGCGGUCAGGGCCGGAGAGUGACGUGUGGAGCAUCGGCGUCAUCACGUACAUUCUGCUGUCGGGCCGACGGCCGUUUUGGGAUAGAACUGAGGCGGGGAUAUUCAACGAGGUGCUGAAGAAGCGGCCUGACUUCAGGGAAAAGCCCUGGCCGAACGUUUCAUCCAGCGCCAAGGACUUUGUCAAGAAGCUUCUCAAGAAGGAUCCCCGUGCUCGACCCACUGCUGCCCAAGCCUUGUCACACAAGUGGGUGAAGGAGGGGGGCGACGCCUCAUCCGUGCCUCUGGACAUAGCCGUGCUCUCCAACAUGCGCGAGUUUGUCAAGUACUCGCGGCUAAAGCAGAUGGCGCUCAAGGCCCUGGCAACAACCUUGGAAGAGUCGGAGGUGCAGUCCCUAAGGGACCAGUUCAACGCCAUGGAUAUCAACAAGGAUGGCACCAUCACCAUUGACGAGAUCAGACAGGCAUUGAGUCACGACCUGCCGUUCGAAGUGAAGGAGUCACGCGUGCUGCAGAUUCUGCAAGCGAUGGACACCAACUGUGACGGCAUUAUUGAUUUUGAUGAGUUUGUGGCGGCCACGCUGCACGUGCAGCAGCUGGAGGAGGCCGACUCCACCAAGUGGCAGGAGCGCUCGCGAGCCGCUUUCGCCCAGUUUGACCGCGACAACGAUGGAUACAUCGAUGCAGAGGAGCUAAGGAUGGCCGCCCAGGUGAAUUUCCCUCUGGAUAAUCUGAUAGCAGAAGCGGACACGGAUGGGGAUGGCAGAAUCAGCCUGCCCGAAUUCCAGAAGCUUCUCAGAUGUGCAAGUAUUAAUUCCCGCACCAACACGUCUCGGUCCCGGGGUCGCUCGUGGCUGGGCCAGACCAUUGAUGAAUGAUAAGCUGGUGGCCCAGGAAAACAAUUGGAUUUGGACUUAGCUGUCAGAGGUAGAUCUGUGUUUCGGAUUAAGGAUGGCUGCAUUCGCUGAAAUAGGAUUCUAACUGGUUAGUGUGUCAGAAGGAGCAAAUGAUAAUGGCCAAUCAACUUAGUGUGCUUGUGUAGUCAUUUUAGAGAGGCUCCUACGACUUGAGAUGCCGUUGUCUUUAUUGUGUUUAACUGUAGCUUUUCUAUGGGCAGUUGGCUGCUGCAGACAUAUACGCGUACGAGUU